AAUAUGCACAGCACAGACAACAGCGCCAACAAGACCACUAAGGGGAAAGAACUAUUAGAUUAAAUAGAAAGGCAAUAAAUAAUGUCGCUUGCAGUUCCAUUGAAAGAUAUCCAAAGGGCACAAACGACGUUAAAGGGGACAGCUUUCAGAACGCCGCUUGUCCCGUUGAAUUACUCUGCUUCAGAAGCUAUCAAGAUUUACUUGAAACUUGAAAACCUACAACCUAUUGGCUCAUUCAAAUUAAGAGGGGCUUACAACGCUAUCAACUGUAUUCCACAUGAAAAACUAUCUAAUGGUGUUUACACAGCCAGUGCUGGGAACUUUGCCCAGGGUUUAUCAUGGGGAGCCAAGCAGAUGAAGAUACCAUGUAAUACUAUUGUUCCAGACCAUGCGCCACAGACCAAAUUAGAUGCCAUUGAGAGACUAGGUGGAAAGUAUUGCAAGGUGCCUUUUAAUACAUGGUGGACAGUCAUUCAGGAGCAUCACUGCGAUGGAGUUGCCGGGACCUUCAUUCAUCCAGUUUGUGAAAAGACUGUCAUGGCAGGUAAUGGUACUAUUGGACUUGAGAUUUUAGAAGACCUUCCAGAAGUUGAUGCUGUAAUAAUGCCAUUUGGUGGUGGUGGACUAAGCUGUGGCAUUGCCUCAGCUUUUCAUGCUCUCAAACCUAGUGCCAGAAUGUACGCUUGUGAAGUAGAAACUGCUGCACCGCUGGCUGAGUCAUUCAAGAUACAAAAACCAACUUCCUGUGAUUACAAGGCAAGUUUUGUGGAUGGCAUGGGAGGGAAGUCAGUGCUUGAUGAGAUGUGGCCAAUGGUAAAGGAACUUCUCAUAGAUUCUUUGGUAGUUAGUUUACAGGAGGUGGCAGAUGCAGUGAAGUUAUUGGUGGAGAGAAAUCGUGUUGUGGCAGAAGGUGCUGGUGCGGCCCCUGUGGCGGCAGCACUGGCUGGGAAAGCAGGCACUGGGAAUAUUGUAUGUGUUAUAUCUGGAGGAAACAUUGACACAGAUAAACUGAUACCAAUUCUUCAAGGAAAGGUACCCGUCAAAUAGUAUCCUAAUUACUACAGUUACUGGUUUCAUAUACUUUGUAAGCAGCAAACAAGACAGAAACAAUUUUCAGAAAUAUAUUUCUAUUUGUCAACAAUGUCUUUUUAAAUCUUCACAUGAUUGAGAUAUUUAUUUUGACAUAGUGUUGAUAGUGUGCCUCUUGUCACUUGAAACAUGUGACAAUAUCCCCUUUUGGGCACAUAUUAACACAGGAUUUAAUAAAUUAAAGUAGGUGAUGUUUGUGAUUAAUGAAACAAGUUAAUUAAUAUGAUUAUUUUAUUAGUCUUGUUUUUCUUUUACCCGUCAGCUGUAUAUGUUACAAGACAACCA